CUAAAUAUACAAUAAUAACCUUAGAAACUCAGAAAGUUAUAAUAAUAAUUGUUAAUAAAGUUGAAAAUUUCCAGUCGUGAGAAAUUGAAUUUUGUGAAUCAUAAAAUGGGUAAACACAAAAAUCGACGUUAUAAAAUACAUCUCUCUACACAAUCCAAAAAAAGUGUUCUACCAGCUGAACCAGUUGCAUCCUUGCCUCAACUACCAGUACUACCCCCCGAACUGAACUCCAAUGUUUUCGAGGGAAUUGACAUAUUAUCACUAUUAAACAAUGCACCUAAAAGAGUUGAUGAUGAUACAGUUAGUGUGAAAUCUUAUAAAUCAAGCAAAUCAUUACAUACUGAAGACAUACUACCUAAGAAGGAGAAACGAAAGCUGCGAAGACAAUUAUUACUCAGAAGAAUUGACACUGUUAAUCAGUUCAAGAAAGAGCACAAGAAAAAACAGAAAAAUAAGCAAAAUAGUAAUGACUCAUUAGGAUUGGGAGAUCUGGUGGACAGUUUGCCCAAAUUUGAAUAUUCGCCUGCACCUUCAAAAUUCAAAUCAACAAGAGAAACUCCUAAAAAGAAAGCUAUUGACAAAAGUAAGAAAAUACAAAAGAAAACCAUACACCAAGUGAACAUUUAUAAAAAAUUACUCAAGAACACACAAUUAGCAGAAGAUCCAUUUGCAGUUUUAUCACAGCAUUUGAAGGCUGUAGUAGAGAAGGAAAGGAUGGAUGCAAAAGAAUCAACCAAAAAAAGUAAACCAGUGAAAUAAUGUCGUUUUUAAAGAUAUAAUUCAUGGGAAAGCAAGGUUGUUAUUAAAUUUUAUCUUAAUGAAUUUAUUGUAUGUAAAGAAUUAGCACAAAUAGUUAUUACGCUUUUUAUAAAGUUAGAGUUAUUUCUAUAGAA